AUGCUAUGCUUCAGGAGAAACAAAGGCCACAAGGUGGUACCAAAAAAGAAGAAGGUCAAGGCAACGACUUCAACUUCAACUUCGACUAAUCAGACAUCUACCCCGAGAACCAGAAAUGGCACUGACACUGACACUGCCGCUGUCACUCAGCGCAGGAACAAAGUGACUGCAAAAAAGACACGUCCUUCCCCUGGUCGAUACUCAAAUUCUCGCCAUUCUCCCUCUCAAAAACGCAACCCUGAGCAACGCCCCCCUAUUCAACCGCCUCGCCAACAGUCCAAAGUUGCGCGCACCAACGACAUGUCCGCCCAAAAUAGCAGCUUCUAUGGGCGCAUUAACCCGACCAUUACGGGUGGUUUUGAAGACGACAGUAGUGCUACUGCAGUGCAAAAUCGAACGAACAAACCUCAAGACUCUUCAUCGAGUAACACGGCUCAGUCUCAAGCGUACGAUACAGCCCCUGUACCAUCAACACAAGCCCAUUUUCGCUAUCAACGUCCUUCUUUUCUCGAUGAAUUUGACUUUACUGCAGAGUCUCAUCGCGAUAUAGUUGUCGCUCAUGGGUUUACUUCUGCUUUGUCGCCUCGACAAGGCUAUUAUCCUACCCCCGCGUCUAUCCUAAACUUUGCAGACUUCGACCUUGAGAAUACAGGUGAUAAGAUUUCCGAUAUCAGACACAACAGUACUUCAUCCAAUGAACAACCGAUAGCUAGCACCGUCGCCACCGCAUCGUCUUCGUCUUCGUCCUCUGCAAGCCCGUACCUUGAUCUGCCCGAGUCACCGGACAGUGAUGCUGUGACAAUUUUGUCACCUCGAAAUGCACGCACACUCCUUCUAUAUGCUUGGAUUGCAUGUUGCGACGAGUGCAAAGAAAGACUAGAACAUAACGACAUUCAACGCCUUGCCGAUGAACAGACAAUUUCCAAAUACGAAAGACAGGCUCUUCGAGCUGCUGUGGCAGACGAGGAGAACUUCUUCUGGUGUACCUCUGAUUGCGGCUCUGGACAGAUCCAUGACUCUGGGUCUGCUCAACCCAUCGUAGUUUGCAUUAAAUGCAAUCAUCGCUCAUGUUUUCGCCACGGAGUCAACUGGCAUGAAGACUUGUCUUGCGACGAGUAUGAUCGGCUUCAAGAGGAUCCAGAAUUCCGUAGCUACAUGAAACUGGAAAAUGAAAGGUGGGAGGAGGCUCAAGCAGCUCAAGAAGCUCAAGAAGAGGCAGAUUUGGACGUCGCUCGCAGGUUGGAAGCUGAAGAAAAUGCUGAAAUUGAGCGCCAAGAGGCACAAGAUCGGAGAGCGAGAGAGCGAGAACGCGAACGAGAGCAAGAGCUAGAGAGACAGACGAACCAAGAGAGGCAACGAGAACGAGCACGUGAAAGGCAGAGAAACCAGGAGAGGCAACAAGAGCUAGAGCGAGAAACACAGGAGAGGCAACGAGCACGAGCACGUGAGAGACAGAGGAAUCAGGAGAGGCAACGAGUGCUAGAGCAAGAGAACCAUAAGAGGCAACAAGAACAAAAACGGGAGAAGCAGGAGAGACAGCGAGAACAAAAACGGGAGAAGCAGGAGAGGCAACGAGAGCUGGAACGAGAGAGACGGAGGAACCAGGAAAUGCAACGACAACUGGAGCAAGAGAGACGUCAGAGGCAACGACAACUAGAACAAGAGAGGCAUCAGAGGCAACGAGAGCAGAAUGCAGCAGAAGAAAGGCGCAAAAUUGCAGCCAGAAGGAGGGAAGAAGAGGCAAAGAGCAAUGCAACAUUGAGAACUACAACAAAACCAUGUGGAGGAUGCGGAUGGGCUAUCGAGAAGAGAUCCGGCUGGUAA